AUGGAAUAUAUUUUGUGGAAUCGUAAAGAAUUCGACAUAAUUUAUAAUUGUACGGGAAUUAAUGUUGAUGAUAUUCCAAUUGAAAAAAGAAGAUAUCCAAUAGCUGCAAUUAUUUGUAUUUUACUUGGAUUUAUAUAUUAUGUACGGAAUUUAAAAAAAAUGUUUUUUCUAAAUUUAAAAUUUAAGCCUAUAUAUUUUCCUUGUCUUUACUCUUUUUGGAAAAAUAGAAACAAAAAUCCUUGUUAUAAACUUUUAAUUUAUCUUUCAAUUUUGGACAUUGGCAUACUUUGGUUGCCAACUUUCUCUGCUGGAAUUUUCAGUUUAAACGGUGUUGUUUACUGUACUUCCCCAAUAUCCACAUAUGUUGUUGGGUGUGCUUGUUUAUGUAAGUUUAUCUUAUCAUGUCAAUUGAGUUCAUUUGGAUUUACGAAAAUUUUGAAUAUAUAUUUUGCCAAGAUUUUCGCGUAA